AUCUACUAGGUCUAUGUAGCCUAUUGUAGGUCGAUUAAGAUCUACUCUCGUCUCAUAAUUAAAAUCUAUUAUUUUACUACUCUACAACUACCCUACAAUUUUUAGAUAUGAUAUAGAUCUAGGUAUAGAUAUACUGAUAUAGAUUCUAGACUACAUUGAUUGACUUUGACUACAAUACUACAUGAGUGACAUGUAUAUACUAUACUACAUACAUCUAGAGAAAACUACUCUGACCCAUCAAGUAAGAUGAAACGAAUUGUAGAAGAUGUACAGAUGAAGCUGUUAUAGGAGAAAAUUCAAAAAGUAAAUUACAGUACAAUGCCGAACAAACCUGAACUUGUUGAGACCAAGGUGAGGUUACUGUCAGAGCAAUCUGAAGAGUUACAUCGCUUGAGUCUUCAUUUGACAGCUGAGGAAUUGAAGAAAAUGAAAGGUCUGGCUGACUACAAAAUGUUUGAUGUUAUUAUUGUGCAUCAAGGCUUUGAAAAUUGCACAUUUGAAGUUAUUGGCGAUGAGGAAAUCAUUGGAGAUAGAAUUUCAACAUGUAAAGAAAUUAUUAUUGUCCCAAAAGGACAGUCUGACAGUGUGGAUUUUGCAAGUUUAAUCUCAGAGGUAGAAACGCCAGGACAGCCUUAUGACUGGUUUAACCAGCUGCCUGAAGACCAGAGAAGACGACGUCUCCGCUACGAAGAAGCUGGAUUACUUUCCUGCUGUCUGGGAAACGAGUGUGAUCAGUGUUCCAUUGUCUUCUUGACUCUGGGUUUUGGGAAAGGUGAAAUUGAAAUAGCGGAAAGAGACUACAGAAGUAAAGCCAGCCCAUUCAACACAGCGACUCAACUUUUCUGUAAGUGGAUUGAACGUAACGGUAGCAACGCGACCUUUGCAUCCCUCAUUGAUAACUUCAUACUAUUUGAAAAAAUUAAUCCUAGAUUUUUUGAUUGGGGGAAAAUUAAAACAAUUAUUACGAAUGCAGUAAAGAAGUAAAUCUCCCUAAUUAACAAUUUUGUUUUCUAUAUAUUAUAAUGCUUGUUGGACAUAUAGUUUGCUAUUGUUGGCAAGACUUAAACUUCUGUGCUAGACUUUACAAACAUGGCAGCUUUAACUUUAACAGAAACUGGAGUGCUUUGUUGAAGUGAAAUAGAUAUUAAUUAUGAAAUGGCAGCUUGGGAUAAAAAAAGAUAUCUUUUAUUAUUUUUUUUUAAAUUUUUGUUUCAAAAUAAUUUUCCCUUAAAUAAGUUUACCUGUACAUCAUUUCAUUAUUAUUUAUAGAAAUAAUUAUUUAACCAUUACUGGAAUUUUUUAAAAUUAUUAUUAGAUAAAUUUAUUAAAAACUGCUAGUCAUUUGUAUUAUUAUUGUUAUUCAUGACUGUGUUCAAUGUUUUUUUUUUUAUUCCUUGAAAAUGGUUGUAAAUCUCACUAAUGUAUUCUACUGGUUUUAUGUCAAAAAAAAAAAUUAUCUUAUGUAUUUAACAAAUGUAAAAACAAACAGCAUUAUUGUUUCAAAAUAAUUGUUCCUUAAAUAAGUUUACCUAUAUAGUGCUGAAACAUUUUCCUUCUACUUGUCAUCUCCCUCUCUAUCUACACUAUCAACUCGCUGCUUCUCUCUACUGGAUCAAACUUAUUUCUCUUUCUAAAUCGUUUAUCAAUUUGGAUUGGGGCAUCCCCUGAUCACACUGUCUGACGAAGAUUGGUCAUAAGAUGUUAUGACAAAACAUUCAGCUUUACUUUCUUUUUUUUUUUGUAUAGUAACUCUAGAUGUGAAGUGGCACAGCAUCCAUGGUGAGAAGGGGUUCAAUGAACCCGGACCCAUGACCAUUUGGGGUCCACAGCCUGUGUCACAGAGCAAUGGCUUGUUGGGGUUUCAUUGCAGUUGGGACCAUGAUUUGUGACCAAUAGGGCCAGAGCCCAUUGUGGCUACGCUACACCAAAUUUGAAAAAAUAAUUGCACUUUGGUUUGAUUUCCAAGUAUGAGUUCGUGUUGAAAAAAAAAAAAAAAAAAAAAACUCAACCACUUACCUUGCUCCACAAUUUCAAAACUAGAUAAUAGGCUUGUUGGUUAAUGCUGUUCUAGCAAAUAUACUAAAGGAGAUCCAAUCUGUGCCAAAUUUAACAUUUUUGACAGCAGUCAAGACAUCAAAUUAGCAUUUCCUUAAUGCGGACUACCCAAAGAAAUAGCAAUGAGAGCCAAUGAGCCAUUUAUCCUUCACCUAUCCCUAAGUCUGUUCAUUUUUUGGGGUACCUUACAUGACCUAUUGACUGUUUCUGAGUUCCUCUCUGUCUUUUGCCUUGAAUAGAAUCUCUUUCGAUGACAGGACCAUCCUUUCUUUUAUGCUGUCUUCCCAUCGCUUUCUCUUUUUGUCUCUUCUUUUUCCAAGCCCUGAGGACCUUGUGAUGUGGCCUUAAAGUUUCAAUUUGUUUUUUUUACAUUAGUUAAGCAGGUCAUCGUGGGGCCCUAUUGCCGGUGUGAUCCUGCUUCAAAUCUCUUCUAUUGUGGCACAGUUUUUUGUGGGUGAUACAUAGGAUCCUUCUAUAGCAUCUCAAUUCUUAGGAUCCUCCUCUCUAGAUAUGCAAGCAUACAAGAAUGUGGUUAUGACCAAGGCAUGCAUCAGUCUUAUUUUAGUGUCUAGGGUUAAUCUGGAGCCGUUUCUAGGUUUCCAUAUUGCUAGAACUAAAAGUUAGCUAGCAAAGAGAAAUCACUAUUUAUAUUUAUGGUGCUUCCAUAAAUUAUAAUACACUAUUAUGUAUAAGGAGUUAUAACUGAAUCCAGCGUAAUAUUAUUAUAACUUACAAAAGCAAAAAAAACAAGGUACACUACUUGGAUUGAAAUGUCAUUUGGUAUAUGUACUGAUACAUUCAGACUAAGAUUUCUUUGUCUCACACUAAAUUUGUCCUAUUGGGUUGGGGGCCCACCAACAUAUUUUUUAACCGGGGCCCACGGAUACCUUGCUACGCCACUGGAUAGGUGCAGUUUGUCUAUUACAAGGAAGGGCUGCAUUUUUUUAAAUUUGGAAAAUGUGGCACAUGCCACAUAUAUAUCUACUUAUAACUGAGUAAAAUGUGAUCGCUAACUAUAUAUAAUGUCAUGUAUACUGUUCUCGGCAUUUAAAAUUUCAUUUUUUACACUCACAGUGAGGAAUUAAAAGAGUUAGCAAUGUUUUAAAAUAUUUUUAAAAUAUUUUUUUUUAUUUCACAAUUUUUUUUUACAUCACAUUUUACCACAAAUGUACAGUUUAUGUGAAGUAUUUAACUAUUUACACUCACAAACAAUGAAUAAUGUUUCGGAACUGAUGAUCUAGCUUUCUAGUUUACUAUCCUCGUGACUACUUUCAAAUGAAACGUUAGUACACUUCUUUAUUUUCAAGCAAGAAAUUAAAAUAACGUCCCUGGCAAACAUGAAGUUCUUUCAGCUCUUCAGCUCUUUAUUAGAAAUAUAUAUAACAAAGUCACAGUCAAUGUCCUUCGAGGAAUAUCUCGUUCAAAGAGCCUAACAAUUUCUUUCUUGAGAUCCCCUAUUCUUCUCAAUACCUUGCCCAUCCUAAUUUGGUGGAUAUUGCUGUGUUACCAAACAUCUGAAUGUUUAGAUACCAAAUCUUCAAGUACUUCUCGGAUCUGUCUGACCCCUACUUUAAUAAGUUUGAUCACUUUUAUGGUUGGGAUACUGUUCUUUAAUUUUUAUUAUCUAACCAAAGUUUUUCUCAGUCAGAGUAUGGGUACCAUCAGUAUUUACACUCACCAUCUUGUUCCAUGACAACUUCACUCUGGCGGGCCGCACAUAGGCUAUAAUUUUCUCACCCCUGGUCUUUUGUGUUAAGAUGUAAACAAUUCCUAUUGAAAAUGUUACAUUUCUCUAUUGUCUGUAUCUUGCUCCAAUUAAGUUCUAGUGGAUUGACUACUCUAAUGAUUUUUCACAAGUAGAAGUCACAAAUAGAAAAUUGAGAAGUGUAAAAAACUUCAGCAUAUCUAAUGUUUUCAUUAUCAUUUUGGAUGCAGGUCCCAUCAACUCAUUCCAUCUGUCUGUCUGGUACAACUUUUGUACAGGUUAAUGUCUUCCACUUCCCAUUCUUGGAUUAAGCUCAAACUUUGCAAAACUUUUUCUUUGUCCCUAACAAAACAUGAACCAGUGAUUAAUUUCUAGUAGUAAUUAAUUUAAACAAUGUUGUUUUUGAUAUAGAAAAAGAAAAAAUAGGUGUAACAGUAUUGAGGAAAAUGGCUGUAAAUGUGCAGUUUUUUUUAUGUUAAAUGAAGGGCUACUGUGUUUGAAUUGUGAAGAAAAAAAAAAAGUAACUUUUAAUCCGAAAACAAAAAAAAAGUGACUCUAAGGAAAACAAUAUUGUUGAUCUGUUAUCAUUCAUCUAUUAUAGAAAACUGUAGGUGUUUUUCUUAUAUGAUUUAUGGUCGUAUAUUAAUGUUGUUAGGAGUGAAAGAUGUUAUCAAUUUAUACUUUUUUUGAGUUUCUAUAUAUAUUUUUUGUACUGGUUACUUUUAAUAGCUGGUGUUUGUAGUGCUGAUUUACCUGACACAUUUUUCUUGAAAUCUAAUGCUGUACAUAAAAGUCCUGGGUGUUAUAAUCAAAGGUUACAAAAUGUUAGAUGUAUUUACAAGAAUCAAAUGUAAAGGAAAAGAGAAUUAUGUUUAAUAAGAUGUUCUCCUCUAGGGUAUAAAAUAAACAAAUAUACAAAAAAAUUAUUGAUCUAAAAAUUACAAAAUACCUGUAUAGAUUUAUAUUUCUUUUUUUAUAAACUGUACUAAGUAACAUUUUAAGUGCUAAUGCAUUUUUAAAAUACGCACAUUGUUUAUGUCUACGCCAUGUUGGAUUAUCAAUAGACCUCAUUCACCAAUUUAGCCACGUGAUAAUAUUGAUAAAACAAUGAACAAAACGUAUCACGUGACAGCCUUUAUGGAUUGCAUAUUUUGUAUAGAAGAGAUAUUGGGCCACGUGGCUAAAUGUUGUUUGUUUAGGAUUGGUGAAUGAGGUCCAUUGUCAGACUAUCAAGAGACAGUUGUAUAAUAAUUAUAUUUUUUUAAGCUGUAGGCUGUGUUAGCUGUUUAAAACAGAACAUCUUUGUUCAUCUAACCUUUUCUAUUCUUCUGCCUGGUUAUUUGAAAUGUAGAUCUUCGUGUGAGCUAUUUCGUUCCAAAGUGUAAGAGACCAGUGCAUUGAUUGGAUCAUUUCUACAGGUUUCAUGUUUUGUUAAUACAUUUUAUUGAAUGCCAGCAAUCAAAGUCUAACGUUUUAUUACCUCAUUAAUGUCAUUGAUGUCUCUGUGAAAUGGAAAGACUUUGGGUACCUCGUAAGGCCAGAUGUGUUUAGUAAACUUUAAGCUGAUCACAUUCUCAGCACGAUCAAACUAUCAGGUUUAAAAAACUUCUAAGAAGAACCUUCACAAUGAAAUAGGUUUCAUUCAUGAAAUGUUUUUGUGUGCUUCCAAUUUUAUUUUAUUGUAUAAAAUAAACUUGUUUACAGUUUUUAUAAAAAUGCAUAAUUUUUUUAUGUUUGAAUCUGAUGCAUGCUAAUAAUGUAUGCUUGUGUAAAUAUAUGUAUAGAUAGAUAUUUUAAAGAUGCAUUACAAUUUUGUUUGGACAUGCUUAUAAACUGUGAAUGUUUCUUUUCAAAUACUAUUACUACUCUACCAAAGUGGUUAAAAUGGAAGUUGAUCUUUGUAUUGAACUGUCUGUGAAGUAAAUGAUUGGAUGAAGUAAAUGAUUGGAUGAAGUAAAUGAUUGGAUGAAGUAAAUGAUUGGAUGAAGUAAAUGAUUGAAUGAAGUAAAUGAUUGGAUGAAGUAUAUGAUUGGAUGAAGUAUAUGAUUGGAUGAAGUAAAUGAUUGGAUGAAGUAAAUGAUUGAAUGAAGUAAAUGAUUGGAAGAAGUAAAUGAUUGGAGUUUUAUGGCCAGCUUCGUAACCUUUUGUUACUUCAUUUUUAUGUCAGUGCUUGUUAUAGAGCUUGCUGGCUCUCUCUUUAAAUCCUUUAUAACAAAAUCUUUUCUCUAGAUCUUUCUGCAUUGACAGUUGUUUUUAUCUUUCCUAUUUCUCUCUGUUUAUAAUUACAGCAUUGACUUGAUGAUGAACCUUUGCAUUAAUUUUUAUUGUUAAUUAUUAUUAUUUAACUAUUUUGUUUUAUUAUUAGGUUAUUUCUUUUGUAAAUUCCAAAAAAAAAAAAUUGAGGAGUUGGUUUAAAGUACAACUUCAUGUACCUUUGAAUGUAACUAGUUAGAUUUACAGUCAUAUAGAGCUUGUCUUCAAAUCGGUAGAUUAAGGACAAUUGCAGUAUUUCUCAUGACCCACCUGUGACCUACAUAGUUGGCCACAUCUAACUUUAGAGAAAACUAUUUUUGGCUGCCUUGCUGUGUGUGGUGUGCGCUAUGGUGGUCCUGGGUUCAACAUUUGCUUACUACCAUCCUGUGGGAGGUCCGGGCUAGGAUCCCUGAAGGUACAUCGGAAACAUAUGAAUGAAAAAAAGGGCUACUGUGUUUGAAUUGUGAAGACAAAAAUGAGAUGUAAAUUUGAAGCCGUCAACAGCAACAAAAAGUGAUACAAAUACAAUAACCAUUGUUGGUCUGUUAGCUUUCAGCUAUUAUAGAAAACUGUAGGUGUUAUUCUAAUAUGGUUUAUGUUCGUAUAUUAAUGUUGUUAAGACUGAAAAAUGUUAUCGAUUUAUAUUUUUUGAGUUUUCUCUAUAUAUUUUGGUAUUGGUUACUUCUAAUAGCUAGCGUUUGCAGUGCUGGUUUGCCCGACAUGUUUAAUGGAUCUACCCCAUUGCAAUUAAAUUAUAGCUUUUAUAUAGCGCUACUUUCAUGCUUAUAGCAUGCUCAGAGCGCUAUGGUCCAAUCUCAUUUGUGGACCGGUGGGGGGAGGGGGUAUCUGGAGGAAGGUUUUCCGUGCUGCCUUUAGGCGCUCAGUAAACACUACUCUGCCCGAGUCGGGUGUCGAACCUCAAACCCCCCUUCAUAGCCAUGCCAAGUUCAAGAGCACUUGUCCUCCCAACCCCGCAUUUAUUGUAAUAUAUAUCAAAUAAUGUCUUCAAUUUUGCUAUGUAAAGGUCAGUGUCUUUUUCUUUUCUUUAACAUGAAGACACGAGGGCAGCUGUGAAUCAAAGAACAGGUUUUAUACUCUUACUUAAUUAACCCUUAAAACGCGUGUGGCAGUUUAGCCUCUAAACAUCAGAAUUGUAGUUUCCAUUUUGUAUGCAAUCAUUUCAAAACAGCUCAGCACUUUAAGGGUUAAGUCUAGUAGCUCACUCGUUACGUACUCAGCCAGUUUGUCAAGAGGGUGAAAUAAAUUAGAGGAACAAAGAUGUUUGAGACAUACACAUUAAACAAAAAUAUUUAAAUGUUCA